AUGCUCGCCUCGACGCUUUGCCAUCGCCUCGUUUCAGCUGCUGCUCCUGCACGUGGCGCAGUGCUGCCGGUCGCACGCAUGACCUCGCUCGCCACACCCGCAUCAUCAGCAUCAGCAUCAUCAGAAUCCGCCGACGGCGUCCAUGCGUUCCACCAACGCGCACCGAUCGACCACUCACAAGAGAACGAACACAAGCGAGUGGCGGCGAUCGCACGCGGACAGCCCAUCCAUGCAGAGAUUGCCGCGCUCGCUGGCAGGCUCAACCUCAAGGCCGAUGGUGCACAGACCCUCGCUGCGCUCAAGCGUGCUCUCAUGUCCAACGACAAGUGGCAAAGCCCGUCUCAGCGCAUGUCGGCGCUUGGCCAAGGAUACUUCCAUGCCCUGUUUGCCGAGCAUGUCUUUCAACGAUUUCCCCGCUUGCCAGGACCGGCUCUCCAGUCCAUCACUGAGAGUGUAAUGGAUGCCCCGAGCAUCUCGCAGUACGCCCGUGCCUUCGGUCUGCACCAAUUUGCUCAGUCCGACCUGCUGCUCCGCUCCUCCUUCUUUGCAGUCAUUGCCGCGAUUGUCGAAGUGAAGGGCAUUGCUGGCGUUCGACAGAUUGUCGACGAUGUCGCCCAAAAGGAGUUUGCCGCCGCACGACCCGCCGAUAGUAUAUUGAUUACCAACCCUCAACGCCUCCUCCAGUCGUGCCUGGAGGAUGCCAACCAGGAACCUCUGACAUUCAAGCUACACAAGGAGGCUGGUCGCACCACUGCCACACCCACGUUCGUUGUUGGCGCCUACUCUGGCUCGCAACUUCUUGCUGAAGGCACUGCUGCGUCCAUGUCGAAGGCCAAGCGUGAAGCCUCCCGUAACUCGCUCACAAAGCACUAUGCCGAGCAAAGCCAGGCGUUUGUGCAGUACAUUCAAUCUGCAACGGAUGUGGAAGUCGCCGAUGCACCUCAACAAGGCGAGCGACCAACCUGGUGA